AUGUUCGCUACUUUUGUGACUAUAAAAACCCCUCCAGGGGAAUCAAUAGAAGUGAUUGCCAUUACUGCGUUGCUGCAUUCAGCUGCAACUAUUGUAGUCUUUGCGGCCCUCUCUGCGAUUGUUAUCCAGAUCCUUUGCACAUCAACGUAUACAGACUCUGGCAUUCUAACGUUAAAGUUCAAUUUUACAGACGCACUUACCGAUGCGCUUCCAUCCCCAACGCAUGCACUCCGAGACCGCGACCUGCUCGAAGAUCUUCAGGAUGGAGUGAGGAGCGGUCUAAAUGCGGCCGCAACUAGGGUCGCAGAUGCAGCUGGUCGGGCGGAAAGCGCAAUAAGCUCUGCAGCAGCUACUGUCCAGAGUAUUGAAGACAUUGUUCCGAAAAAUUGCUCGCUUGGCAUAAGGCGCUUCUGUAUCGGCUUUGAGCAAGAUAUAAACUGCUCUGACUUACCGCUUAAUUUUUCCAGGCUGUUACCAGACGGCAUGCAAAAAUUACCAAGUUCUAUUCAAGACGCUAUAAAAGACCGCGCGGAGUCCUUGUCGCAGCUAGUGGAGACUUCAAAUAAGUUUCCUGUGUUCUCGGUACCAGACACUCUGAUAUCCGGUCUGGUCCUGAUGAGUGUCGUCACCAGAGUUUUUGGCAUAUUCAAGGCUGUACCCAGAGCCUUGUCUCUUCUGGCGCUGGGUUUGUUAUGCUGUUCUCCAUUCGUUUUACUUGGAGUCAUUCUGCACACGAUUCUCAGUGCGGCUGAUAAGCUGCCAUCAUGGGUACGAGUGGAAGUAGGUGAAGUUUGUGGCCUCAGCUUUGCUGCCCUGGCCUGCGCCUUGUUGUUGGCGCUCAUAAUCCCUAUAGCACCGAGCGCUGCUGUACCUGUAAAAAUGGAGGACGCGAAAGCCAAAGAGUGA